AUGCGACCUCUGGUCGCACGGGUGACGUUCUACUACAGCAUCUUCCUCGACGCCGUCGCCAAUUCGGUCGCAGGUUUGUUGGAGGCGAACAUCUUCACGGAAGAUGAGUCCCCGGCCUCUAGCUCACACCGAUCCAACCGAACAGCCGAGCGGAAUAGAAGGUCAGGGCUUCGCCGGAGGAGGUACCACGUGCUGCUAGAGGACCUGGAAGGCAUGGGGGAGGACGAGUUCAGAAACUUGUUCCGCAUUAACCGCGCCAUCCUAGAUUACAUUGUAGUCGGGAUGGCAAUCUACAUGCAGCCGUACGUGGACAGAUAUCUCAUCAGCCACGAAGUGGCAUGCCUGGUCGCUAUUAAAUACCUGGCCACCGGCAUGUCGUUCGUGGACUUGUCUUCCGUCUUCGGCCUCUCCAAGACCCUGUGCCACAUGCUUGUUGACGCUCUGCUCAUGCACUUCCCCUCCGUCUUCAAGCAGCAGUGGGCCCACUUCCCGACCCGUGACGACCUCGACGAGAUGGCGGAGGAGUUCCGCGCCAUCAAAGGAGUUCCUGCUGUAGUGGGGGCUAUAGACGGCACACACGUGCACAUGAAGGGGAUGGAGGGGCACAUGCAGGAGUACUACACGCGCAAGUCAUGCUACGCCGUCCAGCUGCAGCUCACAUGCGACGCCCGCGGAAUCAUUUGGGACUAUUUGAUCGGAUACCCGGGCAGUGCACACGAUAAGAGGGUGUUCAUGAACAGCGCAAACAAGUAA